UGUCCAGUGCGUCACACGAACCAGCAUGGCACUCGACCUAGAGGUAACCAACAGAGCGCCGGCACUGCCAGUAGAACUCACGAAUGACCUCAUGGAUUCCUUUGGGAUCUUCUGCGCUACGUAUGGAGGUACACCUCUCGGCCAGCAGUCCCAGAAAGCCCUGCAGUGCUUCCCUAUAGCAUGGGCUUGUCUCGCCGUCAAGGAGGCGGAGAAGAAAAGCAAAGAAGUUCGUGACAGAGACGUGUCGAGGUGCUACCAUGAUGAAAUCGAGCUUCCUGGCUGGAUAAAGUUGUGCAACCGAGCUAUCGCGAGUCCGCGGAGNAUGGAGGAAAUCGCGCUUCCUGGCUGGAUAAAGUUGUGCCACCGAGCUAUCGCGGAGUCCGCGGAGUCCGACAACCCGCUGCGCUUCCCGGCCGGGUGGGAGACUAAGCUCUAGACUACUUCACCACGCUCGGAG